AUGGACCACAGCUACAGCGACAAUGAUAUCAACGUGACUUCACAGUCUGCUAUUCAUAUGACACUUUGUUUGAGGAGUGCAACCCAGCUUAUACCACAAGACGUGUCCCAUGCAUCGCUGAGACCGUUCCCCUUGAGAACAACCCCGUAUGCAGAGAGGUCGGUCAAGAAACCCAACAAUGCAACGAGUCUGGAUCCUGUCAGUGGGACACGCUUGGGGAGAUCGACGCUCCGGGCAUUCAGUCAUCCCAGUCACUAUCAGCCGCCUCCACCUAAUUUAGAGGACAUUCCCACAUUCAUCUUCGGGCGACCCUCGGUGGACCAAACCAACUCGAAGCAUCUGCACCCCAGGAUUGCUGCAAACAGAUACCAGACUCCUGUGCACCAGGAUCGUGGUGGGUAUGCUGCAGAUCGCUCUGAGGAGGAGUCCGAAAUGGAAUAUGAUCCGGCAACCAAGGCACAUUUCAAACAGCACUUGGGCAUCAUCGACUGUAGCGGAGCUCACCGUUCUCGGGACCGGACAUCGCCAGAAGCGAAGAACUCUGCUCUAUUGGACUAUGAGACGCAAUUGCGUUUGUUGGAGGAGCAGAACAGGAGACGUUUGAAAGACCCCAACGACGCACGAUACAUGAAUGCCCAAACAUGA